CUGCGAUCCGACACUAAAAUGCGCGUGCCCCUGUCUGGGGGUCGUGAGGGUUCCUAGAGUCACAGUCUCUGGGAGUGGAGAGGUUCCGCCAGAGACUGCGGCCAUUCCCGGGCGGAUCCCAUGGGCCGUCGCGCCUCGCAGGCGCUCGGAAGCAGCAGGCGCUGGCCUUGGGGGAAGCGCGAGCUACAAGUCCACUCCCCCGGCCGGCCACGCCGGGGGCCUGGACGCCUGGCGCACCAGCAGUGUCCGCUCCCUUUCCAGCCCAGUCCCGGCCGAGGACAGCGGGGCUCCGUCUAGCAGGCCGUGACCUCGCUCUGGAAACUACCGGGGGAGGGCACACCCGGAGAGGGAGGGAAGGGGCUCCAAGGGGAAGCCCCCAUCCCUCCCUAUCGCCCCUCCUCCUCCCCUAGCCAGCCAGGGCAGGAGGGGUCUGCGGGGCUCCGGGAGGGGGCCGCGGCCGAGGGGACUAAGGCGAUUGGCCCGGAGCCCCCCCGCCGGCUCCGCCCCCGCCCCAUCUGCUAGGGAUUUGGCGUCGGCGUCUCGGGCUCCGGCUUGGCUCGGCUCCAGCUCGGGCUCCGCGCGCCCCCUGGCCGGCCCCCGCCCCGCGCCCGCCUACCUGCUGCUCCCGCGCCCCGCGCCUCCCUCCCUGCCUCCCGCGCUCCCGCCUCGCGCCGGUUGUCGGAGCCUCGGGCUGGGUGCUGAUGGAACCGCCGCGAUGUUCGCUCCCCGGCUCUUGGAUUUCCAGAAAACGAAGUACGCGAGGUUCAUGAACCACCGAGUCCCCGCCCACAAGAGGUACCAGCCCACCGAGUACGAGCAUGCGGCCAACUGCGCCACCCACGCUCUCUGGAUCAUUCCCAGCAUCCUCGGCAGCUCCAACCUCUACUUCCUGUCCGACGACGACUGGGAGGCCAUCUCCGCCUGGGUCUAUGGGCUUGGCCUCUGUGGGCUCUUCGUGGUGUCCACAGUGUUCCACACCAUCUCCUGGAAGAAGAGCCAUCUCAGGAUGGUGGAGCAUUGCCUGCACAUGUUCGACCGUAUGGUCAUCUACUUCUUCAUCGCGGCGUCCUACGCACCCUGGCUGAACCUUCGGGAGCUGGGCCCCUGGGCUUCCCAUAUGCGUUGGCUGGUCUGGAUCAUGGCCUCGGUGGGCACCAUUUAUGUCUUCUUUUUCCACGAGCGGUACAAGCUGGUGGAGCUGCUCUGCUACGUCAUCAUGGGUUUCUUCCCCGCCCUGGUCAUCCUCUCAAUGCCCAACACCGAGGGCAUCUGGGAGCUGAUGACUGGAGGGGUCUUCUACUGCUUGGGUAUGGUGUUCUUCAAGAGUGACGGGAGGAUCCCCUUUGCCCACGCCAUCUGGCAUCUCUUUGUGGCCUUCGGGGCUGGUACCCACUACUAUGCCAUCUGGAGAUACCUCUAUCUGCCCAGCACCCUGCAGGCCAAGGUGUCCAAAUGAGGCAGCCCAGACUGCACAGGGCCAGAGCAUCGCGAGAAGUGUUUCUAUGAACUCUGGUCCAGAGCACUGCUCCCAGGCCCGUCUGCACGUCCACGGGCAGAGUUUUGAUGGGUCGGAGGCUACUCCUGGGAACAGCCAGAAUGUCCUUCGGGUCCCAGGUGAGGAAGAAAGCAUGUAGUCAUUUUGGCAGAGAAGCAAUUAACCCUGUAACGUGUUUCUAUUCUAGGCAAGUGUUUCCUAAUUCAACCAACAUUAACAUCCACAGAAAAGGGAGCAGACAUUGUCCUGGCAGACGAGGGGGACCCUGGGCCCGUGUGGGGGUCGGUGGAGUAGUUUGUACCUCACUGGCCAGGGCCUCCUCUGCGACCAAAGUCCUGGCUGGGGGAUUGUGUCCUGUUCAGGGAAGAGGUCACCCAGCCUGUAGAUCAGGGAUGGUGAAUAUCCGUGACCACAGCAGACAUCACCAAUCAACUGCAGCAUGGCGCAGAAUCAGGAUUUUCCUCUGGGAGGGGCUCUGAGUGGCCACGAACCUAUGGACUCAUCACUCACAAUGGCACCCCUUAGACUCUCCUGUCCAGUGUGUCCUGCCGUGGGAGCACGGUCCGACCAUGUUGGGGAGCCUGCUUAUCUCCUGCCGGGGGAAUCUCCCGGUGCAGGCCGUCUGGGGGGCAGUGAAGGGAGACCGAGGCAGACAGCCCAAGCAGCCGCUGGCCUUCUGCUCCGCAUAGCUGUCUCUCAGAACAGAGGAGGAGUGAGUGGUAGGGGAUGAGGAAGCCGUUACUUGGCCGUUUCUUCUGCUGAAAAAAAUCCAGAGAAAGUAUUGGAGCUAUUCGUUCCGGGGGACUUGCUCACCUGCUCCAGAUUCAGGGCUUGUGAUGCCAGCAUUCAGAUUCUUGCUUGGUGCCGAGCAGCGGCCCUUGGAGGCUCCUCCGAUGAGACCUGGAGAGAAGGCCUGGCUACCUGGCUAGUUUGAUAGGGAUUUGGGCAGAGCGUUCCCAGUGUUGGGAUGCCCCUACCUCUCAAGCCCCUAGUGGCCCCAUGACAAGGCUUCCAGGGACCUGUCCUCAGAGCAUCCCCACCCUGGGCCUGGGCUGGCCCCUCUGUAGCUGAUGCUUGGAUGUUUACUGGGGAAGGGGAUCCAGGCCCAGCUCCUGAGCAGAACGGGAACCUGGGACUCUCCGAAUCAAGCAUCUCUCAAGGCAGACAGUUCUCAGCCUCCAAGACAGGACGCCUUGUGCUUAUUUCUAGUACAUUCCAAAGUAUUUCAGAGUUCCUGAAAUCCCAUGUACCGAAGCCAGUAGGAAACCAUCAGACACAUUCCUCAGACAGGCGGGUUCUGAGCUGACAGACUCUGGGGGUAAGCUUUGUCCGCUUGCCGUGUGUGUGUGUGUGUCUCUACACUGGCACACCCAGCCUCCAGAAGCUGCCUUCAUCCAGUAUGCCCACCGUCAGUUGGGGUCAGGGUUGGAGGUUGGUGUGGGGAGAGGAAGUUUGCCAGUGAUGGGGGGACAGAGACACUGACCUGGGACUUCUUUAUUGACCCCAGAGCUGAGCUCCUUCUGUGACACCUGUAUCUCCUUCUGCCCCCUCCUUUUGGCUAUUUGAUCUUGGAUUGUCCCCAAGACAGCCUGCCCCUUUAUGCCCAUCUUUGGAGGUGCUGGUUCACCCCCUCAUCCACCCCUCUUACUCCUACUCAUCCUGCAAAGCCCUGCUCAGGCAUCAGUAUCGAGGGACUUCUGGCCUUCCUCUGACUUAGGGCUUCCCACCCACUUCCCAUCACCUCCCCUCCACCCUGCCCCUGUGCUUACCUGCAUCGAGGCUCGGAACUCUAUCCUUCAUCACCCUGGUCUUUGCACCUGCCUCCCACCCUGGGAGCUCUUUAAGGGAUGAGCUGUAUCUUGCUGGACUUGACGUCCAGUCUGGCUGCUUCUGUUUGUAAGGGCUUGGGCAAGUUCCUUAACCUCAGCUCUAAGGUGGGGAUAGUAAGGCAGCACCUUGCAAGUUUGCUUAAAGAUUCAGUGAGGUAAUGAAUGUGAAAUACCCAGCCUGGUAUUCUGAUUAGCUCCUUUAGCUGUCCUUGGGAAGCAGCCUUUGAUAAUGAAGAUGACCCUCGUCCAGGAGUGUCAGCUGUGCUGGCCAAAGGAGUGAAUCACUAAUGGUGGAAUUUCCGACUGUGGACAGGCUGGUGAGGACACUGCUGUAGGGCCGUGACCACAUUCCUUCCCCUUGGUCCAAUUAAGGUUGUUUCCCAUGAACCUUUUCUCUUCCUCAGCAUCAUUGUGAAAGUGAGUUUCCCAGCAUUCCAUUUCACCCAAACCUAGACCCCGGACCUCCCCCAAAGUGUGUCACCAGCAGUGCAGGGAAGGAAAAGAUGUUCCUCAGGCCAGUCCCUCCUGUGGGUAAGUGUUCCAGUCUGUGUGCUGGGCAGGUGGGGUAGAGAGGGCAGGGCACUGGGAACUCAGAUGCCAGCUCCCUCUUCCUGGCCACUUUUGAGGCUGUCACAUGCUAGAACAAUCCUGCAGAGUGGCUGUCAUGUCCCAGGAAACCAGGGAGAAGGUCAGAAGGACUCUUCGAUGCUCCGGACUCUUCGAUGCUCCGGGCUCUUCUGUUGCUGCUCCUGAGUUAGGUGGGCUGGGGGACAGGCCUGGAGGUGACAGCCUGCUUAGCGAGUCCCCUGGCCAUCAUGAGGGCCAGCCAAGGCAGGUGCGCUGGCUGGUGGAGAGUCCUGCCUGCCAGCUGGCAGGCUAUCCCUGACAGGCCUUGAGCGGAGCUUGCUGACGGCCGUCCCCGGAGCCAGCAGCUUUCAGGCCGGUGGGCUUUAAGCCAACAUCACGGACCAGAGCUGCCUUUUUCCUUGAUUGGAAAUCGUGCAUAUGGUGGGAACAGGGCUGAGCGUCCUUCUUCCAGGGUCAGGCUGGGGAGGAUCCUAGGAAAGCACUGGGCAGGGAUGGGGGCAGGAUGGGAAUUGCGAGGGGGUCUGGAUGGAGGGCCCAAAGCCAGGCUGGUGGUGGGCGGGGGCCCAGCACAGUGGGGUGGCCCGGAGGGCUUCCGGAAAAUGCUGCCCUCCUGGGUUUUCACUGCACCAGGCUCUCCUUUCCAAAUUCAUCUGCAAAUGCUAUGGAGCUCCGAAUGUUUUCCCACAGCUCCACUGAGCUCCUGAAUUUGUGGUCUGGCCCCUGCUGGGAAGCAGGGGUGGGGGACAGCUCAGGUGCUAAGAGAGGCAGGUAGAGCUCAGAGGUCUGGGAAAUGAACCUAGAGACUUAGUCAAGAAGGCACUGGUCAGUUUCACCCCCACACACUGCACGACCAGAUGCUGAAAGGUGGGUUCUGGGAACCACAUUGCGGGGUCCCGAAAGAACCUGGGGCCGUCCCACGUGAGUAUGCAGACACACACACUCACAGGUAUGGUGCAGCGCAGGUGUGAGGGGAAGGAGCAGGAAUCUGGUCUGGCAGAGGCUUUACCCAAAGGGCGCCCCUCCCGGGGGGCCGGUCUCUGUGCUGGCGGCUUCCUGACGCUCUUGUCCAUUGGUUGACAUAGUCCCCUCUGCUGGGUAAGGUCCAUUUGCUGAUCUUACAGAGUGGGAAGCCAGAGCACAGAGAAGUUUGGCGACUUCCCCAAGGGCACCCAGCAUCCAUCCAGCAAGGCCAAGCUUUGAAGCCAGGACUAUCUAAUCUCUAAGUGUCAGGUCCCACGGCCGCACCACCUGUUUCCAAGGACACCCACUGCCCCCAUGUCUGUCCUCCAAGGAGGAAUGCUGGGCUGAACAUCCUUAAGAAUUUCAGAAACAAAACAAAACACUGGUGUGUAGCAUUUGCUGAUUUUCAUGGCAUAAAUGUUCCCAUGGCUGAUUUCAAGCCGCUGAGGUGACAUCACGGAAGAGGUCUUGGGAGGGAUUCCCCCUCUCUGGCCCUUGAAGGCCCGCACGGGCCCGUCUGGCACACCACUGCCUCCACGGCUUCCCUCACUUCCCAGAUCCUCACGGAGCUACGGAGCUAGCUAGGGGUCCCUGGGGGCCCUGGCAGGUGGGGGAGUGGGCCUGGCACUGGGCUGCCCAGAUGCUCUGCCUUCCGGGGUCUGAAACCUGGAGCCAGGCAGACCUGCUCAGGGUCUAGCCCUCCACGGGCCAGCAUGCCAGACUCUCAACUCCCUCGGAUCUGGCCAGGGAGCCUCUGCAGGGGUUUGCUGGACCCCAGAUCCCUGCUGCCACCCCGCCUAGGACUGCUGCUGAGCCAGUAGAUCAGGAUCGUGCUCUGGAGUCUGGACACCGGUUCCAGAAGCCCCACUCUGGAGCUCAUCUACUUGGAGGCCAUGCCCCACAUGUCAGUGAUGGGGUUCCCGGGUCAGAAUCCAGAGGACAGACUCGUGUCCAGGAGCAAAGGACCUAACCAUGGCUCUUGCUUUGGGCUCUUUCUCUCUCACUUCGUUUCCGACAUUCAUAAGGUCGGAAAUUCACAAAUACCCCUUAGCAGCCCGUGUUUCUACCCGGGCCAUUCCUGAAGUUGGGCUCCAUCCCUAAUGCUUCAUAAGCUCUGUGCCAAGCCCUGGGAUUUGUGUGGUCUUUACGACAACUCUGCGAAGCGGGGAGGAUCCCCUUUCAUCGACUUGGAGACUGAGGCUCAGAGAAGUGAAGUAACUCAUGCGAGGGCACACAGCGAAUAAGUGGCAGCCGUGGGCUCUCCCCCGCUCCACUGUCUGCUCCCUAAAACACCGGCAAGUCCAUUUUAGGGUUCCCAGCCUGUGAAUAGCUGCUGCUGACAUGCCGCUGGGCUUGUCAACUGGCCUGUGUGCUCUGACUGGUUAUACUGAGGGUCUGAGGCUUUGUUCACUAGCCCCAUGUCCAGGUCCGUGUUGGAAGCACUGACAGAAGCUUUCAAAAGAGGCUGAUCUGGGAGAAUGUGUAGCCAUAUGGCAUGGCUCCUAGUGGCCGGGAGCCCGGCAGGAGUGGUGCCGCCCCCCAUCCCUGGGCUUACACCCAGGACAUUCUCUGGCCUGAGGCUAUCCUGCUCACACAGAAA